ACAAAAAUGAAGAGAGGAGAAAAAAGGGAGAUGUUUGGAAAUGAAUCAUUGACAAUGGCGAGACUAGACGUUUGCAUCUAAUUGGAGCCAUAACUCGUCAUCAUGCAUACUCAUCAUCAACGAAAAACGACAGAGUAAGGCCAAGUACCAAAACAAAAUCAUAAGAAACAAAAAUCACAAAAGGAAAUUACUCCAUUUGAUAAAUUCUCCUUGGAAUCGAAGCUCCACCGGAAUCUAAUCAGCGCAUCAAUCUACCGUAAAUCCAGGAAAUAGAAAAAAUGUCUGAAUUUCACGAUACGGAAAAUUCUGGAGCUGAUAAUCGACCUCAAUCUUCGUCUGAUCAGGAAGAGAUGCUUCAUGUUGAUAGCAGAGAAGAUCUGUUUGUGGAUGCUCCGGAUGAGUUGAAUGAUAAUAAGGAAGGUGGAACUCCGAAUCCAAAAUCGGCGAAUGCCAGUCCGAGCGCCAUCCAUUUGGAGGAAAAACAGAAGGAAGUAGCUAAUCAGUUUAAAAAAAUGCACAAUAAUGAUAGCAAUCGCUUUGUCAAUGAAAUAGAGCGCUUGCAAGCUUCACUUGAGCAGGCAGUUGAUGAAAAAGAGAAACUUGAAGUCAAAUACAAGGAAGAAAUGGAGGUGCUUGCAAGGGAGGUUCAUAUAAAGGAUAAAGAGAUUGAAGGGCUGAAUGCUACGGUUACGAGUUUUGUAGCUGAAGCUGAGGAGGUUUAUGCAGAGAAGCACUGGAAAUGUGAGGGUGUAAUGGAGAGGAUUUUGGCUGCUCUUGGGUCAGUUGUUGAUCAAGGAGAUAUUUCAGGUGAUUCUGGUGGAGAUCAGAUUGAUCUUGUUGAGAAAAGCACAUUGGCAUUAAUGGAGAAGUAUAACCAAUUUCUUAUUGAAGUUAACCAACUUGGGCAGUGUUUGACAAAGGCUGAGCAUGAUUUUGGUGUGCAGGAGUUUGGGACUGUAUUUGUUGCGGCCCGUGAUGAGGUAUUUGAGUUGAGGAGGAAGGAAGCAGAGCUGAUUGAAAAAAUAGGUCUUUUGGAAGAUGAAAAUAGGAAAUUGCUUGAACAAGUUGAAAAUGAAAAAUCAACAGUGGAGACUCUGAAUUCAGAGCUUGAAAAUAUGAAGACGGAGGUUGAACAGGAAAAGACAAAGUGUGCUAACGCUAAAGAAAAGCUGAAUUUAGCCGUGACUAAAGGGAAGGCAUUGGUUCAUCAGCGGGAUGUUCUGAAACAGUCUAUGGCUGAUAAAACAAAUGAGCUUGAUAACUGUCUGGCCGAAUUGCGAGAGAAGACUAAUGCCCUAGAGGCUGCUGAUUUACAUAAGGAAGAGCUGGUGAAAAGUGAAAACUUGGUUGCAUCAUUGCAAGAAUCACUCUCGCAAAAGACCUUGAUUCUUGAGACGUUUGAACACAUCCUAUCUCAUCUUGACGUACCUGAGGAACUUCAAUCAGUGGAUAUUGUUGGAAGAGUUAGAUGGCUUGCUAAUGAAAGAAAUGAAUUGAAGGGUGUUUCAUUGGACUUCUACAGAUUGAAAGAUACCAUUUGUGCAAUUGAUUUACCUGAAAAUAUCUCCUUUCCUGAUUUAGAUUCUCGCUUGGCUUGGCUUAAGGAAUCUUUUUACCGAGCUAAAGAUGAAAUAAAUAUGUUACAAAAUGAAUUGUGCACAACAAAGGAAGUUGCAAGUGAUGAGAUAGAUAAAUUGAGUGCUUUAAUUUUGACUGUACAACAAGAGAAGGACUGCAUUAAGGAAGAAUUUGAUCAACUCAGAAUUAAAAACGAUGAAAUUGUUGCAAGGGCAGAACACGUAGCAUUGGACAAGGAUCAUUUAAGUGAUUCACUUGCUGCAGAACUAACUGAGAAGGAUAAAAUCCAAAAGGAGUUGGACGAUCUCACGAAUAAAUAUGAAAAUGUAGUUGAGAAGGUCCAUCAACUUUCAUCAGAGAAAGAUCAGAUGAUUCGGUUGUUGGUAGAGGGUUCCAGAAAAGUGAUGGUGGAUCAAGAUGGGAUUGAAGAGACAUAUUCUAAUCUACCCAUGUUAAUUGAUAGAUUCUUAGAGAAGAUACAAGAACAAACAAGUCCAUCUGUGGAGAUUCCUUUUGUGGAUACAGAACCAUUGGACAAAUAUCAAUUUCUUUUGUAUGUUAGGGAUCUGGAGUCGAUGCUUUAUAAGGAAUUACUAGAAGAAGAUAUGCUGGUGAGGUCACAACUGAAUGAUCUGUCGAAUCUGUUCAAAGUAACUUCUCAGGAACUUUUUGCAUUGAAGGAGGACAAAGAUGUCUUGCAAAAAGAUCUAGAACGAUCAGAGGAGAAAUCUGGUCUGUUGAGGGAGAAGUUAACAAUGGCGGUUAAAAAAGGAAAGUUAUUGGUGCAAGAGAGGGAAAACUUGAAAGUUCUUCUGGAGGAAAAGAAGUCAGAAAUUCAGAAGCUGAGGCUUGAGUUACAACAGGAAGAGUCUAGAGUUGCUGAGUGCACAGGGCAGAUGAGUACCUUGUCUGCUGAUUUAGAGCGCGUCCCAAAGAUGGAGAGCAGCCUUGCAUCCAUGAAAGAGGAAAAUGAUCAACUUGAGAAUUUAUUGUUCGAGAGCAAUAGCAAAUUGCAAAGGGUAGUUGAAUCUAUUGAUCGCAUUGUUAUUCCAGUUGACACAGCAUUUCUAGAGCCUAUAGAGAAGCUAAACUUGCUUGUUGGGUAUAUUGAUGAUUGCCAGACUGCCAAGACAGAGACCGAACUAGAGUUGGGGGAAGUAAAGGAAGAGACUAGCACCCUGGCUGUGAAGUUAGCAGAGGCCCAAGAAACUAUUGAUUCGCUAACUAACAAGUUUGCUGAGGCUUGCGAGGCUAGAAAGUCGCUUGAAGAGGCGUUGUCACUUGCAGAAAAUAAAAAUUCAAUACUAAUCAGUGAGAAAGAGGAGGUUCAAGGUAGCAAAGCUGCUUCAGAGAUGGAAGUGGAGAAAGCGAGAGAGGAAGUUACUUGUCAGACCAGCAGACUCACAGAGGCAUAUAACACUAUAAAGUCACUUGAAAAUGCACUUUCUCUGUCAGAGAUGACGGUUAAUUCACUAACUGAACAAAGCAACAAGGCACAUGCGGAAAUAACCAACUUGAACAAUGAGCUGAAAAAACUGAAAUAUGAAAUCGAAUCCCAGACUAACCAGCUGACAGAUGCUGGCAAAGCCAUUAAAUCACUAGAAGAUGCAUUGGUUAGGGCAGAAAAUGACUUUUCUGCACUUCUAGACGAAAAAAUAACUGCUGAUCAGGAGGUAUCAACCCUUAAUUCCAAACUGAAUGUGUGCAUGGAAGAGCUGGCUAGAAGCAGUGGCAGCUUAGCUAGCAGAUCCACAGAGUUGAUUGGUCAUCUUAACAAUCUUCAAAUGCUUGCCAAAGACCAAAGUUUGUUGUCUACAAUGAAUCAAUGCUUUGAUAGGAACUUGGCGCGCCUUAAAGAUUUGGACCUUACCAUUAAAAACACUAGGGAGCAUUUAUUUGACAAUGAUUUGGAACUGCUGCAAGGUUACCCCCUCAUAGAGGAUAUUGCUAGUCUGCUGAGACAAUUCUCUGAUGAUACUGAUAAUACUUUAAAUAUUGAGAUGGAGAAAGUCGAAGCAAAUGCAAUAAAUGCUGAUGAUGUUUCUUCAUGUUUUAGAAGGAUUACUGAAGUGUUUCAAUUCCGAAACAAACUCCUUGCAGAUAGGUUUGAAGGUUUUUCGAGCUUCCUGGAUGAGUCAUUAGCAGCCCUGUUAAGAAAAUUACAGGCCACAGAGGAUGAGGUGAAAAGUAUGACCAAGAAUAAACAAGAAUAUGAUCAAAAGGAGUUGGACAAUCUCACUAGUAAAUAUGAAAAAGUAGUUGAGAAGGUCCAGCAACUUUCAUCAGAGAAAGAUCAGAUGAUCCAGUUGUUGGUUGAAGGUUCUGGAAUAGUGAUGGGGGGUCAAGAAGGGAUUGAAGAGACUUCUUCUAAUCUACCCAUGUUGAUAGAUAGGUGCUUAAAGAAGAUAAAGGAACAAACAAGUGCAUCAUUGGAGAUUCCUUUUGUGGAUCCAGAACUUUUUGAAAAUUUUCAGAGUCUUCUGUAUGUUAGGGAUCUGAAGUUGAUGCUUUUUGAGGAAAUACUGGAAGAAGAUAUGUUGUUGAGGUCAACACUGAAUGAUCUGUCAAAUCAGUUCCAAGUAACUUCUCAGGAACUCUUUGCAUUGAAGGAGGAGAAAGAUGUUCUACAAAAAGAUCUUGAACAGUCAGAGGAGAAAUCUGGUCUGUUGAGGGAGAAGUUAUCAAUGGCAGUUAAGAAAGGCAAGGGAUUGGUUCAAGAUCGGGAUAAAUUGAAAGUUCUUCUCGAGGAAAAGAAGUCGGAAAUUGAGAAGCUGAGGCUUGAGUUACAACAGGAAGAGUCUAGAGUUGCUGAGUUCACAGGGCAGAUCAGUACUUUGUCUGCUGAUUUAGAGCGCAUCCCAAAGUUGGAGAGAAACCUUGCAUCUAUGAAAGAGGAAAAGGAUCAACUUGAGAAGUUCUUUUUUGAGAGCAAUGGCAAAUUACAAAGGGUAAUUGAAUCUAUCGAUCGCAUUUUUCUUCCAGUUGACUCGGCAUUACUAGAGCCUGUAGAGAAGUUGAACUUGCUUGCUGGGUAUAUCGAUGAUUGUCAGACUUCCAAGAUACGGAUUGAACAAGAGUUGAGGGAAGUAAAAGAAGAGGCUAGCACCCUGGCUGGAAAGUUAGCAGAGGCCCAAGCGACUAUUGAUUAUUGUCAGACUUCUAAGACACAGACUGAACAAGAGUUGCAGAAAGUAAAGGAAGAGGCUAGCAUCCUGGUUGGCAAGUUAGCAGAAGCCCAAGCAACUAUUGAUUGUUGUCAGACUACCAAGAUACAGAUUGAACAAGAGUUGAGGGAAGUAAAGGAAGAGGCUAGCAUCUGGGCUGGCAAGUUAGCAAAGGCUAGCAUCCUGGCUGGCAAGUUAACAGAGGCCCAAGCAACUAUGAAAUUACUUGAAGAGUCAUUGGCUAUUGCGAAGGAUGAUUUGUCCCAACUUGCUGAAGAGAAAAAGGAGAUGGAAAUUGGUAAAAACAAUACAGAAAUAGAGUUACAGAAAGCAAUUAAAGAGAGAGAUGUAUCCCAAUGCAGGGUUUUAAAGUUGGAGAGUGAUGUAGGUGUGUUGGAAGAUUCUUGCAGAGAAGCGAGGGUGACGAUAGAGGAAUAUCAAGCAAAAGAAGACGGAUGGAAAGAAAAAGAGGAAGAACUUUUGUCAUCAUACAAUAGCUUGUUAAUGAAAGAAAAAGAAGCUGAAGAGCCUCUUCUGUCAGCAUAUCAAACAAGAAUUCUGUUGAAAAAGUUAGUUGGGAUUGAAAUUCCUCUUGUGGAGUCCGACAGCCUGGAACCCCGUUGCUCUGCUGAUGUUAAGAAACUGUUUUCUGUUAUUGGUAGUUUCACUGAUUUGCAGAAUCAAUUAUAUUUGCUAUCUUCUGAGAAGGAAGAACUACAGUGUACGUUUUCAAGACAGAAUUUUGAAAUUGAGCAUCUUAAAGAAGAAAUAGAAACACAUGUUACGAAUAAGACAGACUUGGAACAGAUGAAAACGGAGCUGUUUGAGGUUACAUUUGGUUUGGAAAAGAUUAUUGUCAUCUUGGGAGGUAAAGAGUUUAUUGAAGGCCAAAAUCCUGUUGGUACGAAAACUCUUUUGCUUGUAUUAGAAAAGCAAGUUAACAGCCUGCUGUUGGAGGCUGAAAAUUCAAAAUCUAAAGCAGAGGAACUUGGUACCAAAUUGGCCUUAAGCCAACAGGUCAUGAAUGAAUUGUCAACUAAGGUUAAGUUACUUGAAGAUUACAUACAGGGUAAGACUAUUCUGCCUGAGAAUGUCCAGGAAAGGGGCAUCUUUGAAGCACCUUCUGCAUCCACUGGAUCAGAAAUAUCUGAAAUUGAAGACCCGGUAUCAUAUGGAAAGAACACAAUGCCUCCUGCGCCCUUAGCUCCGCACGUCCGAAGUAUGCGGAAAGGAUCAACAGAUCAUCUUGCACUUAAUAUUGAACCGGAAUCUGUUCGCUUGAUCAACAGUGAGGAAACUGAUGAACAGAAAGGUCAUUUGUUCAAGUCCCUCAACACAUCUGGUCUAGUCCCAAAGCAAGGAAAGUUGAUUGCAGACCGAGUCGACGGAUUAUGGGUAUCCAGUGGCCAAGUUCUAAGCAGUCGUCCCCGAGCGAGGCUUGGCCUCAUCACCUACUGUCUUCUCCUACAUAUAUGGCUACUCGGAACCAUUUUAUAGUGAGAUCGGCAAUCCUCUGGUCUUCCUAUCUGGUUCAACAGCGUUGCAUCAUGGAUAAAUAUGGUAGCCAUUCUGUUCGUACCCAUUCUUUUACUUAUUUAUUUAUUUUCUAUAAACCCAUGGAUAUAUAUUUAAUAUCCGCAGAGGAUGUAGGGUUCAUACUUUUGAAGGUAACAAUUCGUGACUUGUUUCAAGUGAAGUAUUGCACAUUGUGAUAAUAGACUAAAAUUGAAAGUAUAUGAUAUAUGUUGUUAACGGUUUUGGUUUUUGUUUUUGUU